AUGGCCACCUUGAACACCACAGACGACAUCACAACAAAGGCCCAGCUGGACUUCCGCACGUUCAUCGACCUUUUACGACAAGACAAUGACUUGGUAGAAAUCGAUCGCGAGAUUGACCCUUACCUCGAAGUUGGUGCCAUCGUCAGACGGGUCAGCGAGACCAAUGACAAGGCGCCUUUGUUUAACAACAUCAAGGGUGCCCAGAAAGGGCUAUGGAGGAUGUUUGGGAACGCCGCGAGCCUUAGAAGGGAUGAAAAGGAAAAAUACGGAAGGGUUGCCCGGAACCUUGGCCUUCCCAGCGACUCAAGCUGGUCCGACAUCUGCGUCAGAAUUCAAGCAGGCAAGCGAGCCACACCACUUGCACCCAACGUCUUGCCAACCGGGCCUUGCAAGGAAAACAAGAUAUUUGGUGAUGAAAUUGACCUGAACAAAUUGCCUGUGCCAAUGCUUCACAUGGAAGACGGUGGAAAGUAUCUUCAGACAUACGGCAUCCAUGUCUUGCGUACCCCUGACGGCUCAUGGACCAAUUGGUCGAUUUUCCGCGGCAUGGUUCACGAUAAGAACCACCUUGUCGCUCAAGUGAAUCCUCGCCAGCACAACUAUGUUGUAAGAGAGAAGUGGAGAGAUGCCGGUCAUUCAGAGGUCCCAUGGGCGUUGGCGCUCGGCGUGCCACCGGCAGCGACAAUGGCAGCCGCCAUGCCCAUUCCAGAGGGAGUCUCUGAAGGCGAAUACGUUGGAUCAAUUGUUGGAAAGCCCUUGGACCUCGUCAAGUGUGAAUUGAGUGAUCUGCUGGUUCCUGCCAACAGUGAAAUCAUCCUAGAGGGGACCACGUCACUGACAGAAACUGCCUACGAGGGUCCGUUUGGAGAUUAUCUGGGCUACGUCUUUGACGAUGAUCGUCGUCUCAUGCCGCUAUUCAAAAUCAACGCGAUUACAUAUCGUAACGAUGCCAUUUUACCUAUUUCUGUGCCUGGUAGAAUUACUGACGAGUCGCAUACUACUGCAGCGAUGGCUGCUUCCGAAGUACUCGAAUUCUGCAAGAAGCAUGGGCUGCCAAUCAAGGAUGCCUAUGCACCCCUCGAGACGCAUGCGACUUGGUGUGCCCUGCAGGUUGACACGGAUGAGCUACGUAAACUGAAGACCAACUCUAGAGACUUCUGUAUGAAGCUUGGAGAGCUCUUGCUUCACAACAAGUCUUCAAUGCUCAUCAAUAGGUUCUUAGUUGUUGGGGAUGACAUCAAUAUUUACGAAUUCAAGGACUUGAUAUGGGCGUUCGUCACACGCUGUCGUCCUGGGAAUGAUGAAUACUUGUUUGAUGAUGUGCCUGGGUUCCCUCUUACACCUUACAUGUCUCACGGUACCGGCAGCAAGACACGUGGUGGCAAGUUGAUAUCGGAUUGCCUAUUCCGCAUGGAGUACACAGAUGCGAAUAGUUUCCGACCAGUCAACUUUGAUACUUCGUAUCCCAGCUCUGUGAAGACGAAGAUUGAGUCUAUGUGGAAAGAGCUUGGGUUUUUGGGCCAAGAUUAA